AUGGAUGGAACGCUAUUGGACACGGAAGAAUUGAGUCGUCUUGCUAUUGACAGUAUUGUACGUCAGUUUGGUAAAGAAUUUACCAUGGCUAUGCACAAGACGAUCCUGGGUCGUCCUGCUGUCGAGUGGACGCGUAUGGCAAUUCUUGCGGUUGGUCUAAGUGAAGAGACCAUCACUCCUGAUGGACUAUUUAAGCAGUGGGAACAAAGAAUGCGUGACAUGUCUGACCGUGUGGAGGAGAUUCCUGGAGGUUUCGAGCUGCUGAGUGCGUUGUAUGCACGUGGCAUUCCCAUCGCUCUGGCUACAUCCAAUAGCAAGAGUGUCGUAGAAGCCAAGAUGAAGCACCAUUCCAAGCUCUUUUCCUUCUUUUCUACUAUUGUAUGUGGAGACGAUGUAGCCGUUUGUGGCCGGGUUACAUGUAUGUCUCCCCGAAUGUGCGUGCUUAGGUAUAGUAUUCACUAG